AUGGUACUUCAACUCUACAGCGUAGACCAACUCUUUGGCUUAUGCUCUCAAGCUAUCUCCAGAGAGGGGAAGAUGAGAUCUAACGCUGCUGGACCAUCUGUUGUUGCCGCCCCUACUAAAACUACUGAUCCAGCAACCCAUGAUGCUGAAGUUGAAGCUCCUAGAGCUGAAACGAAAGCUGAGGUUGUUUGUGAUAUACCUACCUCCAGUGAAGCUAUUAUAGCUGAGGAAGUUGAUGUCGUUCAAGUUGAAGCUCGUAACGAUGACCUUCCCAUCACCUCUACACCUGUUGUUGGAGAUGUGGAAGAUGAAAAUGAAGACGAUGAUGAUGAGGACGGUGACUCUCCUGACCUCCCUAACUCUGGCAGUGACCUGGAUGACGAAGAUGACGAUGACGACGAAUACGACUUCACCAUCCAAUACCAGUGUCCCGCUACUACCACCAAAGGAGUUGCCCCCAAGGAUUCUGCAUCCCAGGGGGAGCAAAGGAAAGAAUAG